CCUACUAGAUAUAGGCCUGCAUGAAUAAAUGUGUCAUGACGUAGUAAUCUCCCAUUUAAACGAUGGGGAAAAAAUUAUCGAGUAGUUAGGUCUACCUACACCUAACGGUGGGCGACGUUAACUUAACAGACAGGAUUACUUGGAUACUUAUUUUUAAAAAGGCCGAUUUUUUUGGUUUGUUGUGGUCGUCAUUUGCCAGAUAAAUACGGAAGCGAGAUCCAGGCAUUGCUAUGAGUAUGAAAAGCCUCUCAUAAGGCUAGCGUCUAGAUCUAGAGUUUAGGCUGAAUACUCAGUGAAUAACGCCGCUCUUCUUACUCAACUGUCUUGUGAUUGGGAACACCGAAAAGAUGGAGUCUCUCCUUGAUUUUGUGUAUCCUGAGCUGUCACUCAUGAAUCCAGCUACAUUUACCAUCGCUACCAUAACCACCAUGAUGACUAUCUAUUUAUACUUCAUACAGCCCAGCAUGUUGAUUCAAGUUUAUUUCAGGGUUGCUGUAAGAUGGAGUGGAAUGAAAAUGAAGUACACCAAACCAUUGUCCGAUGGUUUCACAUUUUUUUAUGGGGAAAAGGGCCAUUUUAUCAAAGAUCAAAUGAGUAUAUUGUUAUUGCAUGGGUUCAGCGCUGAUCAUUUUAUGUGGGCUCCCAUUGUUCAAAACAUUUCAUCUAAUGUGCAUGUAGUAGCUGUUGAUCUACCAGGUCAUGGUUUCUCUUCUAACCCUCUUAAAGAUGAUGACAUUGGUUUUAAAGGCCAAAUCAAACGAAUCAGACAGUUUUUAGAUGUAGUAAAUCUGUCAAGUCAGCCCCUUCAUGUUGUUGGUGUAUCAAUGGGUGGAACCCUGGCUGGGCUGUUUGCUGCUGAGUUUCCUCAACUGACUGGAUUGGUCACUAUUACUUGUCCUAGUAUGAAAACACCAGUUGAAAGCCGUUUGAUUAAGCAACACAAAAAAAUCAUCCUUGAAGAACAUGGUGGUCAGCUAACAUUAGAUAAUUGUCCAAUGUUGCCACAAACUGCAGAAAAGCUGCAAACUAUGCUGAACAUUAGUCAUUACUACUCUGUCAAGUACCCUUUGCAAAUAUUGAAAGGAGCUGUAGAACUAAGGAAGAAGAAAAACUACCUCUUUUUACCAUUGGUUAAUUUAUUGAUUUCUGAAGAAUCCAGUGAAAUGCUGGAAAAAAAUGUGCAUAAAAUUCUUGCACCUACCCAGAUUAUAUGGGGUCAAGAAGAUUGGAUUAUGGAUGUUUCAGGUGUGGAUGUGCUAAAGGAUAAACUUCCAAACUGUAAGAGAAUAGAUAUUUUGAAAGAAUGUGGUCAUGCUGUAAAUCUCGACCAACCAGCAAUUGUAGCAAAUAUCGUUCUAGACUUCUGGAAGCAGCACCAAUCACUGAGAGAAAAUAAUACGAGUUUUACAUGACAUCAUUUUUUUUCUAAUGCUCCUAUAACGACACAAGUGUCUAUAAUUUAAUUACCAAUUAGUUAUUUAUAAGUAUAGUUAUUUAUAAGUAUUCAGUUCAUUAUGAGUCAGUUAAGUAUUAAUUUAUAAGUAUGAAACUGUCACAAGAAACAUACAUUUUUAUAAGUUUAAGUUUUUUAAAAUUAUAAUUUUAAAUUAUAAUUUCAUAUUUCAACACCAGAUAUAUCUACCUGGAAAUUUUCACAUUUAGAAAGUUAUAUUAUAUUUAUGAUAUGUCUAAAGUGCAAUGCCUGGGUAUAAUAUACUAAGUCAUACUGCUUUUAUUAUAUUUUAACAGAUUUAGUCAUAUUUAGUCAUAACAGCAGCUUUAUAAAAAGAAAUAAGAAAAAUUGAAACAGCUAAACAUGAAACAAAAGGUUGCCAUGUUUAAAAUAUAAUAACCAGUACUUUUAAACUAGAGAAUAUUUGAAAAAAUAAAUGCAAUUGACAUCUAUAUAAAUAUUGACAUUGAGGCAGCAAACAUUUGUUCUUUAAAGCUAGUUUUCAAAUAGGUUUUAAUCAAAAUCUGUUCAAGCAUUUAAAUUCUUCACAAUUAGCAACUGCAUUGUUUUUUAUUCUGUAUUACAAGUUUACAUUAAAUACUGAAGUAAUUCCAAAAGUUUGUAAAACAUGUUUACUACCGUAUUUAUACUUUUUGUCCUCAUUAUUACUAUACAGAUACAUUUAUCUUUAUUGCAUACUACCAUUAGCUUCUGUGAGAUUGAUUAUCAUGUAAUUUAAAUGAUGCACCUUUCAAGGUUUUUUACAGCAUGUGAACCUCUAGAACAUUUUUCUAAUGUGAACUCUUUAAGGAAUACAUAUAUGAGGCCUUUGGUCUGACAAGGUUUAAAUUCUACUACUUAAUUCUGAUUUAGUAGGUCUUUUAUACUAUCACUUAAAAAAAAUUCUUUGUAAUUAUCUCUUAAAAAUUAUUACACACAUUUAUUUAGAUGACAGCUUUUUGUAACUAUUCUGUAUAAUCCGGUGAGUUUCUUGACUUAAGAUCUUAAUCAUCUGAAAUUAAGUAGGUUAUUUCUACUAUGUGAUACUUUGCUAAUUCUUAAUGAUACUGCACUACUUACAUAUUUGUGUUCAGGUCACUUCUUGUUUUGAUAAGCAACCAUUCAUUCUUUUUUAAGUUACUGCUUCACAGCUCUUAUCUAUUUGCAUAAUAAUGGUGUAAAUGUCCUUAUUUAUAUUGCCCUAAAGACUGAAUCUAUUUUUUUACUUUUGUAAAGAAAUAAAUGUUGGUUCUCCAUUGUCUUCAUUUAGCUGAUAAAAUUAUCUAGAAUGAUGUUGCUAGAACCAGUGAGCAAUUGAGUAAUAAUUCUGUCAGUUUUUUAAAUGAAGAGACAAUUUUUCAUUUUUCUAGCCCUCUGCAGUAUGAGCUGAAUUGUGUGUGUAUGUACAAUAAAAUACUGGAUUAACUAGUCUGUAUUUGCUCAGUCCUAAGUUAAUUUUAAAUUAUGAUAUGUAUAUAUAUAUAUAGUCAUGGUCUUUAUUUUUUAUGUGUUCAUGUGUACUUUGGUAUAUUUUAAAAAAUUUACAUAAUUCCAUUUACAUUAAAGGCUUGUAUGUUCAAGUGCCUUGCUUAAAUAUGUACACAUGCUAGUUCAGAAAAGUUAUUUUUUAUUGUGAACUUUACUUAUAUCUGAGACAAUAUUUUUUUUUAAUAAACACAACAAUUAAAGUAGUAUUCAUAGUUAACAAAUUUUCAAAAGAAGGAAUAAUUUUAUAAGCAAUUCAUUUUCCCUUGGUAAAAAAUAAGUUGCUUCAAUUUUACUAGAUUCAGGUUUAGCUUUUUUUUUACCCACCUGAGAUGCUUGGCCUUCAUUUAAUAUUCUGCUCAACUGAAAGAUAGGUAAUCUUUUUAUUUUAUAUUUUUUAAAGUUUAGAGAUCUUUCCACCAGCUCUGAUAGUGAAAAGGGAUCAAGUUAAAUUUGCUUUAAAUUGUAUCCUUCACCAGUGCCAGCUUAAAAUUUUAGUCAAGAUUGGUAACUUCUUUUCAGUAGAACAAAAUGCAUUUUAAAGUUUUUCUACUUUUAGUGCACAAUGAUUGUAUACCUUGGUUUGAGGAUCUAUUUAAACUUGAUUAAUUGCAUUCCUCUCGCGUUUAUUUUUCUGAACUGCACAUGGACAUAUUACUCAGCCAAAUGUUUACUUUAAAAAAUGUUUUUUAAUGUUUAGCAGAAAACCAUUUUGAGCCACGUAUCAAUUCUUUUUCUACUUGUACAAUUUUGUUUUUUCUCUGAAUGCAGACAAUUAUUCAACAUAACUUAAAAGUAUACACUGCAAAAGUUUCAAUUUAGUAUUUUUUUCAGUGUAAUGCUUUUCACUCUUAAAAUUGCAGUUCUCUCCUGCUGUGUUGUGUCCAAACUUUAUUAUUUGUAUGAGAAAUUUUAAAGCAACGUGUAAUACAUUUGGUUUACUUAAAAGUAUUUAUGAAGACCAAUCAGGUAACAAAAUGUAUUUGGUUUCUAUCUGAAUAAAGUUGAUUUUUCAAUGCC